AAAUUGAAAAAAAUUUUCUUCAUCAUAAUCAAUAAAAUAAUGGACAAUACUAAUAAUAAUAAUAAUAAUAAUGGUGCCCGAUAUUUGGGCAUGUUCGAUAAUGUGGCCAAUAAAUCAACAAUAUUCUAUCCAUUCAUGCGAAAUGCUCAAUGUCAAUCAUCAUCAUCAUCACCAUCAUCAUCAUUACCAUCAACAUCGAUUGUACCGGCCAGACAAUUCACUAUGGCUAGUUCUGCCGAGAGUGAAGUAGAAUUUGGUUCAAUGAAAUAUUAUGCGUUGUGUGGUUUUGGUGGUAUUCUUAGCUGUGGUAUCACACAUACAGCUGUAACACCAUUGGAUUUGGUCAAAUGUCGUAUUCAAACGAAUCCCGAAAAAUUCAAAAACAUUGGACAUGGUUUCAAGGUGACCUAUGCUGAAGAUGGAAUGCGUGGCUUAGUACGUGGUUGGGCACCAACCUGUAUCGGUUAUUCGUUACAAGGUUUAGGAAAAUUUGGUUUUUAUGAAUUAUUCAAAAUCCUUUAUGGUAAUGCAUUGGGUGAAGAAUUGUCUUACUCGUAUCGUACAUCAUUGUAUUUGGCUGCUUCUGCAUCAGCCGAAUUUUUCGCUGAUAUUGCUUUAUGUCCAUUAGAGGCAUGUAAAGUCCGUACACAGACAAUGGCUGGAGCAUCACCAUUACUUCGUGAUAUUGCUCCAUUGAUCAUGCGAACCGAAGGUAUUUCAGGUUUUUACAAAGGCCUUGUACCAUUGUGGAUGCGACAGAUUCCAUACACGAUGAUGAAAUUCGCUUGCUUUGAACGUACUGUUGAAUUAUUAUAUAAACACGUCGUUCCAAAACCACGUGCCGAAUGUAACAAAGUUGAACAAUUGACCGUCACAUUUGCUGCCGGUUAUAUUGCUGGUGUUUUCUGUGCUGUUGUUUCCCAUCCAGCCGAUACUGUUGUAUCGAAAUUGAAUCAAGAUCGUGGUAGUUCUGCUGGUGAUGUAUUGAAAAAACUUGGUUUCAUGGGUGUAUGGAAAGGAUUGACGCCUCGUAUUAUCAUGAUUGGUACAUUGACUGCAUUACAAUGGUUCAUCUAUGAUGCUGUCAAAGUAUGGCUUCGAUUGCCACGACCACCACCACCAGAAAUGCCCGAAAGUUUGAAAAAGAAAUUGGCUGCUAAACAACAAUGAUCAAGCAUUAGAUUGGCAUAUACAUUUAUAUAGGAAAUCUAUUUGAAAGAAAAGCCACCGCAAU